UCACUGGCCGUAUUUGUAUGAUUGCUCCUACUUAUUUUGAAGAGUAACUUGCACGAUGGGGAGGAUUGCAAAGUUUUCUCUGUUCCUUUUUCUUCUGGUACAUUUUUGCGAAAUUCAUGCAGCUAAUUUUACAAGACAUGAACUGCUAAAGUACUUGACAAACGUAUCUACAUAUGACUCGAAUUACCCGUCAGGUUAUGAUAAAGGAAAUGCGAAUGUAGUGAAAGUGCAAAUGGACAUAUUUGAUUUGACUUCAAUCAGUGAUCAAAAUAUGGAAUUCAGUAUUAUGAUGCUAAUGAGAAUGCAAUGGCAAGAUGAUAGGCUGGCCUACUUUCAACUUGCGAAUUACAGCCGACUUGAUUUAACAGGAGAUAUGAUCAACUUGGUUUGGACACCGGACCUAUAUAUAAGCAAUGAGAGGAAAACUGAUGCUCAUUCAUUAGUAAAACACGAGGAGCUUGUCUACAUUGAUCCAAAAGGAGUAGUGUCCUUUAGCAUACGGCUUUCGAUGACAAGUAAUUGCCACAUGGAUUUGAAACUUUACCCAUUCGAUGUUCAAACGUGUGAUGUUACAAUACAGAGCUAUGCUUUUACCGUGGACAAAAUCAUAUUAAACUGGUCUGACAACAGUGUACAAAUUGGUGACCUAAAUUUACCAAACUAUGAAGUAUCUGUCGAUAGUCAUACGCAAGGUAAUAUGUCAAAUGGAAACAUGUCAUUAACAGUGAAAGACAGGUCUGUCUGUUCAAUAGAACCAAUGCUACCAGAAGCCCAUACCCAAAGGGUUGACAUUAACAUUUCUCGAGCCGAUGAACUCAUAAACAAUGACAGAAUAGAUUUUGCUCCAAGACAAGGAACAUUUACAAUACCCGGCCAGGAUGACAAGGCUCGAGUAGUCACAAUAUUCCCAGAGUCAUGUUCAUGCGGAUGCACAAAAUGCUGUCAUUUAAUAGCUGUGAAGAAGUCUUUGGGCAUGGACUUAAACUCAAAAGCGAAGCCAAACCUGACUAUCCUACGCGGCCUUGAUGAAAAGAAAAAGGCGGGAAGGAAACGGCCGAGGGUAGGAGACUACGACUACGAGAGCUCCCCGGACAAAACCCGUGACAAAAGAGGCGUCACGGAAAUUAGAUUCUUCUGUGACGGACCCGGUCAUUACUGA